AUGGCUCCUUCAAAGUGGGAAGUGGGAAUUAUCUUAGUCACUCAGAUGGGAGUGGGACUCCUUGGGAACUCAUUCCUCCUUUGUCUUUAUAACUUCACUUUGCUCACUGGACACAAGGUGAGACCCACAGACUUGAUUCUCAAUCAACUAGUCUUAGCCAACUCCUUGGUGCUUUUCUCCAGAGGGAUCCCUCAUACAAUGGCAGCUUUUGGAUCAAAACAUUUCCUGAAUGAGGCUGGAUGUAACUUUCUCUUCUAUUUGCAAAGGGUGGCCAGAGGGAUUUGUCUCAGCACUGCUUCCAUCCUCAGUGGCUUCCAAGCCAAAAGGCUUUGCCCCAACUUCUCCAGGUGGAUGGAACGCAGGAUGAGAUCACCAAAGUGCGUUGCCUUCCUUUGCUUCCUUUGCUGGAUCUUGCAUCUUUUGGUAAAUAUCCUUUUUCUUUUCAACAUGGCUAGUCUAACCCACAGUAAAAACUUUAGUAUUAAUAUAAAAGUAAAUUAUGGAUACUGUUCCUCAGUGAAUCCAGACGGAAUUAUAAGGUUUGUAGUUACAGCCAUAUUCUUCACAAUAGACUUCAUAAGUUCAGCCCUCAUGGUCUGGGCUAGCAGCUCAAUGGUCAUUUUCCUGCACAGGCACAAGCAGCGAGUCCAACACAUUCAUAGCCAAAGCCACUCUUCUAGAUGUUCUGCUGAGGCCAAAGCCACAUGUAUCAUCUUGAUCCUUGUGAGCUCCUUCUUCUCCUUUUACUCACUGUCUUCUCUUUUGACUCUUUUGAUGACUCUAUUUGUUAUUCCAGGCCAGUGGCUGAUUGAUCUCUCUAUAUUUUUGUCUUUAUGUUUCCCAACAUUCAGCCCCUUUGUGCUUAUUUGCAGUGAUACUCGUGUCAAUUUUAAGACCGUUGUCUUAUCUUCUAGAGUCUCCAUCUACUGGCUUUUCACCCAAGGGCAGAAUCCCGACUUUCACACGCAGCAGCCAGGGGGCGCCAGCCAGGGCCGCGAGAGAAAAGGGUCGCGAGCUGCCCUGAGGACUCUCCGGGCGGGAGAGUGGGGAGCUGCAGGGACGCUCAAAGGGCCUCCAGACCCCGCGGAAGUUCCUGUGUCUACCAGAGUCCUCCUGAGAAGGGUUAACCUGGAGCCCGCCGAAGGUCUUUCCGGGCCCUUCUGGGCUCCAGGCGCGAGGUCUCCACCACUGCUCCAGGACGAAGGUCCUCACUCCUUCCUCUCACUGAGGUCAGGCGCAGACCCAGGCGCCAGCGACAAGUCCGCGCUACCCUCCGGGGGCACAGUCUCAGCUUUUCGCCUACGAAGCCAACUCCCGACUUUUCCAGGCGACCCGCACGAGAGGCACCGACACAUCCGCCAAUCCAGAUACGGUCAGGUCACCAGCCGUUUUGGGGUCAGAGGUCCGGUUCGAAAAAGGUCCCGACGGUCUCCCACCCGGCCCCUCACCCGGACACUUGCCGGGACGACUUCCGUACCGCCCCCCAGAUUAGACCACCGCCCAGACCACAGGGCCCUAACAGGGCCUCCGGGACUCCGAGAUCCCGGUGUGGGCGCCCCUUCUGCGUCUGGUGGGCCCGUGGCAACUACGUUACCCCCAAUGCCGGGUGACGCGGCCCUUGAUGCGCAGCCAAUGAAUGCCCGGAAGCAGGGCGUUUCCUCGGUCGCACCAGAGGAUCUGGGCGGGACUUCCGGCGUUGCUGUGGUGACCGUCACUGUGGCUGCUCCAAUGUCCAGCCUCCAUCCGACUCCUUCCGCAGCUCGGAGUCCGGCUCGGGGUGAGCAGAGCGAGGAGGCUUUAGGGCAGACGUUGUCCCCACUGCACAGCAGCGAGUCUGCAGGCCCGCGGUGGUAG